AUGGCGAAGAGCCGGUUUGAAUAUGUGAAGCUGUUUGAGCAUCACGAGACGGCGCUGCCAAACACGUGGAUGGUGGUGCGGUUGGACGGCAGAGGCUUCCACAGGUUCUCUGCACUGCAUGAGUUUGAGAAGCCAAAUGACGCUCGAGCGCUUGAAUUGAUGAACGAGGCUGCACGGGAAUGCAUGCUGGCGUUUCCAGACAUUGUCCUGGCUUAUGGCGAAUCCGACGAGAUGUCGUUUGUGCUGGACCGCAGGAGCAAUCUGUUCAAGCGAAGAAAAAGCAAGGUCAUGUCCACGAUAGUGUCGCUGUUCAGCAGCACAUAUGUGAUGCGAUGGUCACGAUUCAUGCGUGACAAGGAAGGGCGGCCCAUCGAGCUACAGGCGUGCCCCCACUUUGAUGCGCGCGUCGUCUGCUAUCCGACCUUGCAGAACUUAAAGGACUACCUGAGCUGGCGCCAAGCAGAUUGCCACAUCAAUAACCUGUACAACACGGCGUUCUGGUUGCUUGUGCUGAAGAAAGGGCUGACAGAGCAGGAGGCAGAGAGCAGACUACGGGGGACGUUUUCUGCAGACAAGAAUGAGAUUAUGUUCAGUGAGUGCGGCGUCAACUACAACAACGAGCCCGCCAUGUUUCGAAAAGGGAGCGUGAUCCUGUGGGCGGAUAUGGAGGAGGAAGUGACGGGCCAGCGCACGAUGCCAGACGGAACAACAAAGACGGUCACCUCCACCCGCCGCCGCCGCCAGCCCGUCGUCACAGCUCAGGAUAUGAUUGGGCCUGCGUUCUGGGAGGAGCACGCGGAUGUGUUUGCUGUGGAGACGCUGGACUGCACGCCUGGCGCCGGCAGCGCAAGCAGCAAACCCCGCAGGAAGAAGGCAAAGCACCAGGCAAAGAAGAAGGCGGAGGCCACCACGCACGACGCGAGUGCUCAGGCACAAGCACACGAAGAACCAGAACAAACGGAGGAGCAACAGCACGGGCAGGAGAGUGUGAUCGAGGCAAAGGACAAGAGGCCCUGA